GCAAUAUAGUAACUCUCCUUGAGAGUUCUGCACAGAUUGAAAUAAAUACUACUUUAGUAGACGAGCACCAUGAUGCCCUCCAUCACAUCAUCCCUCGGCAUCAUUUCCACUAUCACCACCCUAGUCGCAGGCCAAUAUUUCCCUCCUACACCCGAAGAUCUCACCAUCAUCGAGUCAGAAAUCUUCCCGGGUGCAAAAAUCUCCUAUAAACAGCCCCUCGGCAUCUGCACCAAUACCGAUACCACCAGCUACUCCGGCUACAUCCACUUACCCCCGCACACCUUGACCAACCUCUCCAUUCCAGGUAUCAGCAUCACCCAAGCAUACCCUAUCAAUACCUUUUUUUGGUAUUUUCCAUCCCGUCACCAUAAUAAUGGCUCAUCGCCACUCACUAUCUUUAUGAACGGCGGGCCUGGCGGAUCUUCCAUGAUUGGGUUAUUCCAGGAGAAUGGACCGUGCACUGUGAAUCCGGACUCGAAUUCCACGAGCGAAAAUCCCUGGUCGUGGAAUGAGUAUGUUGAUAUGUUGUAUGUGGAGCAGCCGGUUCAGACGGGGUUUAGUUAUGAUGUGUUGAGGAAUGGGACGGUGGAUUUGAUGAAUGGGGAGAUUGAUGUGGAUGUUGAUGUGGGGGAAGGUGAUUGGGAUGGGGUUAGGCAGAAUGAGACGUUUCUGGUAGGGACACUGCCGAGUCAGGAUGUGGGAGGGACUGUUAAUGGGACGGUGAAUGGGGGGAGGGCGUUGUGGGUUACGUUGCAGGUUUGGUUGGGGGAGUUCGCUGAGUAUCCUGCUGCUGGUGCUGCUGGUGGUGAGGGUGAUGACAGGGUGAGUAUAUGGACGGAGUCGUAUGGAGGGCGGUAUGGGCCUGCGUAUACGGCGCUGUUUCAGGAGAUGAAUGAGCGGAUUGAGAGUGGGGAGGUGAGUAUUGGGAAGAAAAUCCAUUUGGAUACGUUGGGAAUCAUCAAUGGCUGUGUGGAUUUACUCGUCCAGGUCCCUUCGUUCCCGGAGAUGGCGUAUAAUAAUACGUAUGGGAUUGAGGGGAUCAAUCGCACCCUUUACGACAGGGCUAUGGAUAACUGGAGCAAGCCGGGUGGAUGCAGGGAUAUGAUUAUUGAGUGUCGCGAUGCGGGCGAGCUUGGGGAUCCUCUCAUGUAUGGGGAUAAUGAGACGGUGAAUGGUAUCUGCACGGAGGCGUCGGAGUACUGUUUGAGGGAGAUCAAGAGCUUGUAUACGAAUACCUCUGGGAGGGGAUACUACGAUAUAGCGCAUUUCACGCCGGAUGCGGCGCUCGUGCCCUACUUCGUCGGGUUCUUGAAUCGCCCGUGGGUGCAGAAGGCGCUCGGGGUCCCGGUGAACUAUACCAUGUCAUCAGAGGCAGUGGGGGACAGCUUCGAGUCGACGGGUGAUUACCCUCGCAAUGAUCCCCGCGGGAUGAUCGGGGAUAUUGGGUACUUGCUUGACUCUGGUGUUAAGGUGGCUAUGGUGUAUGGGGACCGGGACUAUGCCUGUCCGUGGCGCGGCGGGGAAGAUGUCAGUCUGCUGGUGGAGUAUGCUGAAGCAGAGAAGUUCCGGGCUGCUGGGUAUGCAGAGGUGCAGACAAAGUCAUCCUAUGUAGGGGGAUUGGUCAGGCAGUAUGGGAACUUCUCAUUCACGCGUGUCUUUCAGGCGGGCCAUGAGGUGCCGUUCUAUCAGCCUGAGACGGCGUAUGAGAUCUUUAAUCGGGCUCAGUUUAACUGGGAUAUCGCGACAGGAGGAAUUUCCCUGGUUGAGAAUCAGGACUAUGGAACGGAGGGACCCUCGUCGACGUGGCAUGUUAAGAAUGAGGUGCCGGAGAGCCCUGAACCGACGUGCUAUUUGUUGGCCAUGGAUUCGACUUGUACGGAUGAGCAGAUUGAACGGGUGCUGAGUGGGGAGGCGGUGAUUAGGGAUUGGGUUGUUGUUGAUGAUGUUGAGGUUCAGGGAUCGUUCAGUGGAGAAGGUGAUCAGUUGGCACAGGCCCCGUUGGGACACUGAUGUCAAGUGCAAUGUUGAUAGUGUGGUGGUUGGUUGUGAUAUAGAUGGUAUACACUGC